AUGCCCAAGGUUUCUUUCUUCGUCUGCGUUGCCGUGACACUCACCGUGGUUGGUGCCAGUCUCGCGCCGCACGAUGCCCCUCGUUACCUGAGACUGAGCGCCGAGGAGACCGCAGCCGAUCCAUGCACGAUGCACCCGCUGAGCUCUAGCAGCCUCGACACCGACAGCGGCUCGUUGCAAGAGUCGGAAACGAUGUCCAUCGGCAACACGGUGUUCGACGUCGUCGACCCCGGUGAGACCGACACGAUGACAAUCGGGGACAAGGUGCUCACUGUCUCCGACGUCGAGGACACGAUGAGCAUCGGCAACACGAAGCUCAAACUCUCGGACUAG